AUGGUUUUGAAGAAGAGCCCACGUGGCGGCAAACGCUAUAGCCCGGUGACGAUUGUUAACCAAAGAAUUGAUGAAUGCUACAACUGCUCGGUGGAGAAGAUGCCAAACAACCUGGAGCCAAUUAUGGAAAUUGGAAAAGUAAAAUCGCCUGAAUCAAGAACUCCAAGCCCCCCUAAUAAAUACUCGGGUGUUUCGGUUAAAUUUCAACAAAUUCUCGCAUGCUUGAGGUCGUUCCCAAAAGUCACUUUUGGAGGCAGAGAUGGCCUAGCCCCCGAACAUGUGACCUCCUCAAAGACCGAUUCUUUAGACUUCAUCAACGGCAUUACCGCCUUUAUUAACUUACUGUUAAAUGUCGGCUGCCUUGCCGAGGUUGCACUUUACCUUUUCGGAUAA